AACAACAUUUCAGUGCGGUUAACCAACCAUGGGGACCCGUGACGACGAAUACGAUUAUUUAUUUAAAGUGGUUCUCAUUGGAGACUCUGGGGUGGGGAAGAGUAACCUGUUGUCCCGUUUCACUCGGAACGAGUUUAACCUGGAGAGCAAGAGCACCAUUGGUGUGGAGUUCGCAACCCGCAGCAUCCAAGUGGACGGGAAGACCAUUAAAGCUCAGAUCUGGGAUACAGCAGGACAGGAACGCUACAGAGCAAUAACAUCAGCGUACUACCGGGGUGCAGUUGGAGCUCUUCUGGUCUACGACAUCGCAAAACAUCUGACUUACGAGAAUGUGGAGCGCUGGCUGAAGGAGCUGCGGGAUCAUGCGGAUAACAACAUCGUCAUCAUGCUGGUGGGCAACAAGAGCGACCUGAGGCACCUGAGGGCCGUGCCCACUGAUGAGGCCAGAGCUUUUGCAGAGAAGAACAAUCUCUCCUUCAUUGAAACAUCGGCGUUGGACUCCACAAAUGUGGAGGAGGCAUUUAAAAACAUACUAACAGAAAUCUAUCGGAUUGUGUCACAGAAACAGAUGGUCGACAGGCCCGGGCACGAUGAGUCUCCUGGCAAUAACGUAGUGGACAUCAGCGUGCCGCCCACUACUGACGGGUUAAAGGGCAACAAAUUUCAGUGCUGUCAGAACCUGUGACCCAACACCCCCUCCCCUGCUCCUACCCGACCCUUGGGUUUCAGUUCCCCUCUAUUUAUCUCCGCUUUCGCUCCUGUGUGUUGUGCUACAGCUACGGCUCUCUCCUCUUUUUACCUCGUCGUGAUUACCACGCUAAUUCUAGACGUCCCAUAGAAGCGUGAAUCUCUAGGUAACAUUCCUUUUCCUUUCUUUGGGGGGAUCUUUGUUUGUAUGUCCCUUUUUUUCUUUUUUUUUUUUUCUUUACUAUCAUCAACCAUCUGGUUUGCAAAACUUGUUUUUUUUUUUCGGAAGUGAUAAUUCGAGCGCUGAUCGUGUGAUCUGCUCCUACGGAAAAGGGAUGGUGAGGGAUCAGUGUGUCUUUGGCUUUCUCUGAUGGUUAUUCUCUGGGAUCCACACUAAAGGCCUGCUGUCGGUUGAGCCAGAUCCCUGACUUGGGCUUGAAAGGGCAAGUUUUUUUUCGUAUAUAAUAUAUAAAUAUCAAUAAAAUAAAUAAAUUGCGAAUUCGUCUUGUCUGGAUCGCACGGAUACCAAAGGAGGGCUGCUGUUAUCUUUAUUUCAAUUUGUUAAAUGUUUCAAUUGUCACACCUUUAGUCCUAUCCUGCAAUAUUUUACGCCAGGACUGCCGGGUGUGUGUUUUUUUUGUUUGUUUUUUUCGUCGCAAUUUGAGCAACGCAUUCAGAUUGCCGUAUAUAUAGCAGUUAUUGAAUGCGUCUAUUAAGCAUUUCAUGAGAAAUUCUUCAAAUAACAGUUAUAUAUAAAUAUAAAAAUGUAAACUAUUCAUUGCAUCACUGAGGGAUUAUAGCUCUUCAGCGGGGAAAUGCAAUGGUCCGCAGUGUUUUAGAUGGUCAGUUGUUUCACCGGUCUGUGAAAAAGUCACUAUAUAUAUUAGAUUGUUUGACUUUCAGUGAUACGGCUAGUUAUGGAAAUGCCUUAUGUUUUCCCAUACUGUGAUUAAGAUGCCUUUUUCAAGUGUGGUUAUGUGACAUUUACACAUCCAUGAAGUCACAACAGCUGUUCUGCCUUUUAUCAGGUUACAUUGAAAUGGAAAAUAAACCAAAUUACUGUC